UGAACACACAAUCAAAGCCUCUUUUGUUCUGCCACUAUUAACUUCAAGCUUUCUCACUCGUCCGACAAAAAGGAAACAACUUUUUUUGUUCCAGGGAUACAGCCAUGUCGCUGGAGGAUUCAUUAAGAUCUCUAUCACUAGACUAUCUAAACCUACUAAUCAACGGUCAAGCCUUCAGCGACGUCACCUUCAGCGUGGAGGGAAGAAUCGUUCAUGCCCACCGCUGCAUCCUGGCAGCUCGCAGCCUCUUCUUCAGAAAGUUCUUUUGCUCCGGCGGAACCGAUUCUCCGACAGGGUCUGGAUCGGAUCCGUUAGGGUCGCGUAUGGGCGUGGGGAUGGGGAUGGGCAUGGGACCCGCUUCUCCCAGGAACUCAACGAGUUCACAGGUGGUCAUACCUGUGAAUUCGGUAGGGUACGAGGUGUUCUUGUUGAUGCUGCAGUUCUUGUACAGUGGGCAGGUCUCGAUUGUACCUCAAAAGCAUGAGCCCAGACCUAAUUGCGGUGAGAGAGGGUGUUGGCACACACAUUGCACCUCCGCCGUUGAUCUUGCUCUUGACACUCUAUCCGCCGCUAGAUCCUUUGGGGUUGAACAGCUUGUAUUACUGACUCAGAAGCAAUUAGCAAUCAUGGUAGAGAAAGCUUCAAUUGAGGAUGUAAUGAAGGUUCUGUUAGCUUCGAGAAAACAAGACAUGCAUCAGCUAUGGACAACUUGUUCUCACUUGGUGGCAAAAUCUGGUCUUCCACCGGAAGUCUUAGCAAAACAUCUUCCCAUUGAUGUGGUGGCCAAAAUUGAAGAACUCCGAUUAAAAUCUUCCCUUGCCCGACGCUCUCUCAUGCCCCAUCACCACCAGCACCACCACCAUGACCUCUCAGUAGCGGCUGAUCUAGAAGACCAAAAGAUCAGGCGCAUGAGACGAGCACUUGAUUCAUCGGAUGUGGAGCUUGUUAAACUCAUGGUCAUGGGGGAAGGCCUAAAUCUCGACGAGGCAUUAGCCCUACAUUAUGCAGUAGAGAAUUGCAGCCGAGAGGUGGUGAAGGCGUUGCUGGAACUAGGAGCUGCAGACGUCAAUUACCCAGCUGGACCGGUGGGGAAAACCCCACUUCACAUCGCUUCUGAGAUGGUAUCGCCUGACAUGGUGGCUGUAUUACUGGACCAUCACGCAGACCCCAAUGUUCGAACCAUCGAGGGGAUCACUCCCCUUGACAUCCUCCGAACCUUAACUUCAGAUUUCCUAUUCAAAGGAGCCGUGCCAGGGCUAACCCACAUCGAACCAAACAAGCUCAGGCUCUGCCUCGAGCUCGUUCAGUCAGCUGCAUUGGUGAUAUCGAGAGAGGAAGGGAAUGCAGCAGCAAAUGCAGCCUCAAAUUCAACACCGAUUUAUCCACAUAUGAACGAUGAUCAUUCCCACACUCAUACUCAUAGCAGCAGUUCAAAUAGCAGUGGGAAUAUAGGUAACUUGAAUCUCGAUUCAAGAUUGGUUUAUCUGAAUCUUGGAGCAGCAGCAGCAGCACAAAUUGGAUGCAACAAGAUGGAUGUAGGUGGAGGAAGAGAAGAUAACAGCCAUCACAACAAUCAUCAUCAUCAUCAUCAUCGACAUGGCUCUUCGCAAGGUGGUUGUGACACCUCAAUGUACCACCAUCCUCAUCAUGAGUAUUAG